GUUUACUCAUUUGUUCAGGAAACUCAAGACAGACACAAUAAAUCAUACUCCUGCUCAACUAUGAAUUUUAAAACAGUUUCCUGUGCCAACCCUUGUCUUAACCAGCCCUGCUCAGACCGCCCUGAAGACUAAACUGGAAAAGCUGGAGUGUCACUUCACCUGGGGACUGGAACUCAGCAGGUACAUGCUGCUCAUUCACAGAGAUCACCUGGAGGACAUUGGCAGUGACGAGGGCUUUCCAUGGCUGGGUCAGAUGUACAACUUGUGGGCUUACAUACACCACACCCUGGACUCCACUGACGCAGCCCUGCAGUGCCUCAGUAAGGCAGAGGAGGCCUUUCACCUAAACAGUCCUUCAGACACGAUGGGUCCUUGGCAGCUGGUCCACUAUGGGAACCUAGCCUGGGUGCACUAUCACCUGGAUAACCAGGCGGAGAGCCAGCGGUGCUUGACAAAGGUUGAGGGACUGCUACGAGAUUACCCCUCACCUUCCCAGGGAGAACUGCACCCUGAGGUGUGUGUUGAAAAAGCCUGGACCCUCAUGAAGUUUGGCCAGGACAAAAGACGGAAAGCAAUAGAUUACUUUCAAAUGGCUAUUAGGAUGGAACCUGAGAGAAAGGAGUGGCAAUCAAGCCAUGCCUUGGCCUUAGACUCAGUCUACUGUUUCCAUCCAAUCAAUCAACAGAAGGAGUCUGAGGUUCUAGAGGAGCUGAGACUUGCCAAGGAACACGAUCCAGACAACUUGUAUGUAGCAAGUAUCUAUCUGUUAAGACUUGGCCGGAAUGGCCAGGUGAGAAGGAAGGAAGCACAACAGAUAGCGCAGCAAAUUUUAAAGAAGCCUGUCAGUUGCUACAGUGGUCUUAGACCCUUACUUCAGUUUUACAGAAGAUAUUUAUCAUACAAUGAAGCUAUUGACCUAGCAGACGAGGCUCUGGAAAGACACCCAAAUGUGCGCUACCUGAAAAAACAGCUAGCAAAUUCCUACAAAUGGAAAAUAUUUUCAAAGGAGGACAGUCCGAGGAGGCAGAGCAUGUGCGACAGAGCCAUCAGUCUCUAUACAGAUCUGAUCUCACUCUAUCCAGAGACAUCACUAAAGGUCAAACUGGAGCUUGCAAGCAUCUACGCAGAAUCAGACAGGACAGAAACAGCCAAUCAGAUCUAUGAGAAUUUAUUCUCCAACGAGCAGGAUCCAGACGAGUUGCAGAUACUCUACUUCCAUUAUGCCAAAUACAGCAAUUUCCACAUCCAGGAUCGCAAUGUAUCAAUUGAUUAUCACAAGAAGGCAGCAGAGAUACCAAAUCCUAACAAAUACGGUAAAAAGAGUUUCAACAUCUUGAGGAAAAUUGAACAACGGGGAAGAAAUCAAAGAUGUGCAGAAAUCUGGGAAUUUCUCAAAAACCUUUCUUCUCACAAUGAAUAAGAGCAAGGAUGAGCGUUAUAACCAAUCAAAGAGGUUAACCAAAUUGAGGUUUCCAUAUUGUACAUACAAGGUAUUUUCUUUUUAUGCUCUUUGGGCUCUCUAGACCAGGUUGCUGCUAAACAAAUUGUGCCAAAUGUUUUUUGUUGUUGUUGAAAGAGCCAUGCAAAUAAAACUAUUGAUUUAAUUA